AGUGACCAGUUUAAGCCUGACAACAUACCUGGAAAAACAUGGAAGGUGAGCUUUCCUCUGGGCCCCGCAGGCAUCACCAAGCGGCAUCCUGGAAGUGUCUCUCACCACAAGGCUGCUUUGAAGCCUCCUCUCUCCUGCAAACAAGAGGCUGGUGGUAAAGCUGGAAAGGACAGUGGAAAGGCCAAGGCGAAGGCAGUUUCUCGCUCACAGAGAGCUGGACUGCAGUUCCCAGUGGGCCGUAUCCACAGACACUUGAAGACUCGCACUACGAGCCAUGGGCGAGUGGGCGCUACUGCUGCAGUGUACAGUGCUGCAAUUCUUGAGUAUCUCACUGCUGAGGUACUGGAGUUGGCAGGCAAUGCUUCAAAGGAUCUCAAAGUAAAGCGUAUCACUCCCCGUCACUUGCAACUUGCUAUUCGUGGUGAUGAAGAGUUGGACUCCCUUAUUAAAGCUACCAUUGCUGGUGGAGGUGUAAUCCCUCACAUCCAUAAGUCUCUGAUUGGAAAGAAGGGACAGCAAAAAACUGCAUAGAGAGGAGUUUUAACCAACCCUCUUUCUCCCUGUCAUUGUACUGUAACUGGGACAGAAGAAAUAUGGGGAUAUGUGGAAUUUUUUAAGAAAUAGUAAAAUGGAAGAGCAUAGACAAUUGACUGUAGACAUGAGAAAACAUUUGUAUGUUCUUUAGAUUCAAAGUUUGACAAAAAGUACCUUUGUCAUGUGGCAGCAAUUUGUGUGUUGAUUGGCUAGGUUUCUCCCAUGUGUUUUAUACAAAAAUGGAACUGAUAAAACCAUUUUUU